AUGGGCCAAAAACACAGCAGUUUGGACGAGGGGCUGAUGCAGCGUCACAGGAUUAACAUCAACGAGCUUGAAGCUCUGAAGCAUUUAUUCCGCGAAUGGAGCGGUGGGAAGCACAAAGCACUGACCAGGACGAAGUUCAGAGAGGUUUACAAACAGGUUUUUCCAGGGAAUUCAUCUCAUUACGCAGACGAGAUGUUUCGAUUAUUUGACGAAGACGGGAAUGGAGAAGUAGAUUUUGCUGAGUUUGUUCGUCACAUCUGUCUGUGUGAUAGUGACGAUAUUGAAGAGAGGAUUCAGGCUGCCUUUAGGUUGUAUGAUAAGGACAACAGUGGGACAAUAACGCAAACAGAAGUAGGGGAAAUACUGGAGGCUUAUGAGCAAAUGCUAGGGAGUUCUAUUGAAGAUGGGAAAAGUGGACAUCAGGUUGCUAGCGAAUUCUUUGAGGAAAUGGAUGCUGAUAAUGACGAAUCCGUUACAUUAGAGGAAUUUACACAGGCUGCUAGGCGAGAUUCACGGAUUCUGCAUAUAGUGAAUCCAAAGCCCCCGACAUGGAGUGACUAG